AAUUCAAAAAUUCAAAAAGGAAAGACCCUGACGAAGGUUUGGACGAAGGAAAAAAACACGCUAACAUUGCUGUGGAUAUUAUUGAAGAGAGUCCCGAAAUUGAACAUUUAUUGAAAGAAAAGGAAUUUACAAAUUCUAAAAAUAAAGGCUCUGGCGAAUUAGAUUUCGAUGAUAGUCAAAAAUACGUUAGCUAUGCUGUGAAUAUUAUUGAAGAUACCAUAAUAAAUAACAAUGUCCAGCCAACGAACGUGGUGAAAUUUAAAAACCAACAGGUGCAACGAAAUAUAAGUGAAAAAAAAAAGGACAGUAAAAACGUUUCGGCGACGAAACGCAAUUAUGAAUCUUUAAUAGAUGAUGAAGAAUCAUCAAAAGCAACAGAAGAAAGAAAAAAACCUCGCAUUAUUGAGAAGAUAAUAUUAAAGAAACAUAAAAUACAUAUUGAAAGCUCUCAAAUUCCAGUUUGCCCUCAGAAUAAUGCUAAAUCCGACGUUAAACUGAAUAUGCCAAUAAGGAAAGUCAGAAAAAAUAAAAGAAGAAGGAAUAGCGAGAAGAAGAAAUUAGAGGAAGCUAGGUCUAAUAUUUAAAAGGUAAUAAGAUGUAAUCUUAUUACUAGUAUAUAAUCUAUAUAUUGGCGGUCGACAAUGCUUGCUCAGUAGAA